CGUGUACGUGCGGGCAAAUAUGCAUAUUUGUGUGUUCAGACGGAGGAAGGCCCCAGCUCCCAGCAGAGCGGGAGGCUUUCUUCCUCUCCAGACCCUGGAGCGUAGAGGAGGAGGGCCGUUUCCGAACUCUUCCGAGAGAAAGUGCUGGGUUGCAGGGUGUGCACAGUUCACCUCUUCUAGGAAAUGCCAAGUUGUUCCACCAGUGGUCCAGGUAAAGGCCGUUUCCGUCCUGGGAAAUGUGGCUGGUCAGGAGGCAGGAGAGAGCCUGCGCCGUCCUGCAGGCCACAGAGACCAACGAUGGGCAGCUCUGGACGGGACGAAGCCUGCAGGCCAGCACUCCCGUGAGAGCUCCCCUUACACAGGUGGGAUCUGCCUGGCGUGUCAGCCACCCAUGAGGACAGUCUGUGACACGUGUCACCUGAGCUCGCUCAGGGUGAAGACUUGAAAUACUGCGUCUCAAGCCUGUCAGACUAGAACUUAUCCCAUCAGCAUUCCUGGGUCUCCAGCUGCCAACUGCAAAUCUUGGGACUUCUCAGCCUCCACAAUCAGUCCGGCUGCUGAAGGAGGAGAAGAGCACCUUGGAGAGCGACAUGGACCCUGAGCCUCCAGCGGACGUGCCCUGCAGACCCGCCUACAGCCUCCAGAGGCCUGCCCUGCGGAGACCAAGGGGUCGGGGUGUGAUCUCAGCUACUCCCCUGCCCCUGCCCCGGCAGCCCCACAAAACCCCUUGGCCUGGACGGAGGAGCUGGUGCACACACCCCCUGCAGCGGAGGGCAGGUUCUGAAGCUGGUGCUCUCCAUCUUCCCAGGCUGGAAAAUCUCAGGAGGUUCCAGGGAAAAAGGCAGUUCCCCCAGAUGUGCCCACACCCAGCAGCUGAGGCCUGAACAGAGCUCAGAUUUCAGCCAUGAGAGUAACUGUCUCUCUAACUCCUGGCACCAGGCUGGGCUGCUUGGGCCCGCCUCCUCAGGGACCUUCACAGCUGCUUCCUGAGUAGUUGGGGAAGAGGUCACCUCUGAGGUUACCGGCUUCCCUGAGGUCCCUCCACUAAGUGGGCUGAACCCCGAGGUCUCCCUCCUGCCCCACCCCAGUCAGCUCAGUGACAUCUCCCAGCACCUUCUCCGGGCGGGUGUGGCCCUCAGCACUCGUCAUGCAUGUUCAUCCUCACAGCGAGCCUGAGAAGGAGGUAGAGUUGUUACCCUGUUUUACGGAGGAAUAUUCUGAGAACCUUGAGAGGCUGAGCCACUUGUCAGGGUCGGGCACCAGGGAGCGGGGCCUCUGAGUUUCCAAAAUGCUUAGACAGCCUGUGACACAUUCUUUUUAACAAGAAGUCCGAACUGUGCUGCCUCUCCACCCCAGACCCCUCGGUCCCCGAGGAUCAGCUCCACACACGCACGUGCACACGUGCAUGCACACGCACACCUGCAGGGGAGCCCACCCUCCACCCACCCACAGGCGGCCAUUCCCCAGGCUCCAGGGAGCAAAUUACAUCACAGGAAAUCGCAGUGUGAGGGACGUCCCCAGUGGAAGGUAUGAGAACACAUGUGGCAGAGCGGCGGGCCAGGCCCAGCUGCUUCAGAUGUCUGCCACAGCUGGAGGGCCACCAGGCGCAGGGCCCGGUGCGUCUCGUCAGGGGCAGGGCCUCAGCUGAGGGUCCACAGAGCCAUAGCUGCACAGGCCUUCCAGCCAGCAUGGGCCCUGUUGCUUCUCCACUCGGGAGUGCCCCUCCAGGGCAUGGGGGCUUCAAGGCAGUGUUUCCUCAUCUGUACAAUGGGGAGAAGACCAGCACCAUGACCUUCAGUGAACGGAGCCCACGCAGGUAAGGGCCUCACGGUGCCUGGCUUGGAGGCGCGAGGAACGAUGUCGAUGACAACGGGAAACUCGGCCUCUGCCUUCAAUGAGCUGGCAGCCUGCGAAGGGGGGCGAAACUGACGUGCCUGAAGCCGCGACCACUCAGUGCCCGGGCCGGACAGGUGAGCCCCCACCUCUCUUAGCAGAGAGAAGGCGAACAAGUCAAUAAGGAAGAUACCGGCCGACGCUGAGGGGCAGGCACAGAGAAGGGGACGGACAGGCUAAGGGGACAGAGAUUGCUGGGAGGCGUGAUUCACACAGAAUGGCCGGGAGUGCUCGGGGAGGGCCUCUCUGGAGAAGCGACAGCUGGGCUCAAGCUGAAGAGAGCGAUAAAGCCAGAGGUGAGGAGAAAGGGGACCCGACAAAAGAAAAGUACAGGGGCCAGAGGCCAGAAGGACGGGCGGCAGUGUAGUCCCAGGGAAGGAAGUGGCUGAAGAAGGAGAGGGGCCAGGAGGCCACGAAGGGCCCUGGGGGCCAAUGGAAGGAAUGCGGAAUUUAUUCUACCGGCGACAGGAAGCUACUAAGAGACACGCAUGAAGGUGCAUCAGGAUCGGACUGUCUUUUGGAAAGUUAGCUCUGGCUAAUGUGUGCGUGAGUGGGGGAGGCGCUGGGGACGCCCAGAGGGGAGCAGGGAGGCCAGGGAGAGGCUUCCGCGCUGCUCUCGGACAGAGGUGAUGGUGCUGUCCCCUCCCUUUCUUCGCCCGCCCCCCUCCUGUGAGGAUGCCAGAGUUGCCCGGGCCUGACCCCUCAGGCAGGCUCUCAGCACCUGGGACUCCGCCCCCACCCCCAUAUGCUGACAAGACUAAAACUUUGUCCACAGGGGAGCUUCCUGGCAGUUGGGCUCAUCCCCACCUCGGGCAGGUGGGCUCUGGGCUGCAGCAGGGAGGCAUCCCCACCCCAUCCCACCUACUCAGCCUGCAUGGCCCCCUGGGCCGCCACAGGCCCAGCUCAGUCUCCUAAUGGCAAACGUUUAGCCCUUUCCUGGUGACUGAGACAGAGGAUCCCUAAUUGUCAGCAGCUGAUCUCAAUUAAAAUAGAAACGCCUCCCGUGAUUUGCAGGUGGGAGCUGGAGUGGAGAGCUUGGGGAUGUUUACACAGACUUGGAAGGAUACUGCCCGAAAUGGGUCCACAGGAGUGAAAGCAAUUUAUCUCGAUGAGUUGGGCCCGUGGGUGAUUUAAUUAAGGCCAAACCAGUCCUGGGCUUUGGCCCUCCCUGCCGGGCGUUGCGGGAUGACGGUGCUGAGCCGGCCCUUCUUUUCUCCUCUCCAGGACAUGAAGGUAGGAACACAGUCUCGGCAAGUGCCGAUGUUCCCACUGCUUACCAGCUCGGGUUCCAGGACCUCGUACCUAGACUGCAUUCCAGGCAUAGCGGGGAACACGGGGACCCCUAGGAUGCUGCCCUGCGGAGGGUCAAGCAUGUAUGUACGGUAGCUGGCUUCCCCAGAGCAGUGCGUGGAGGGAGGGAAUGAGGUGGCCGUGAAGCUCAGGACAAGACGCCUCAUCAGGGCUGUGCUGUUCUUCCCUGCCUCCUGAUCGUGGAGAUACAUGCAUCACUCUGGGGCUGUGAGGAGGACAGAAGAGGUUGAGGACAAAGGUGGGAGCCCCACAGGAGGCCACUGCAACGGCCUGGGGAGGACUGCAGCUUGGACCAAGGUGGCCAUGACCAACACAGCCCCACUGGGACUCUACUUCUCAAGGGAUGCUUACUGGGAGAGGCUGUACGUGGACCAGCCGGCCGGCAUGCCCCUGCUCUACGUCCACGCCCUGCAGGACGUCCCCGAGGAGGUGCCCAGCUUCCGCCUGGGCCAGCACCUCUACGGCGCCUACCGCACACGGCUGCACGAGAACGACUGGGUCCGUAUCCAGGAGGACACGGGGCUUCUCUACCUUAACCGGAGCCUGGACCACAGCUCCUGGGAGAAGCUCAGCAUCCGCAACGGUGGCUUCCCGCUGCUCACCGUCUACCUCCAGGUCUUCCUGUCGCCCGCGUCCCUUCGUGAGGGCGAGUGCCAGUGGCCGGGCUGUGCCCGAGUGUACUUCUCCAUCAUCAACGCCUCCUUCCCGGCUUGCGGUGCCCUCAAACCCCGGGACCUCUGCUUCCCCGAGAUGGGCCUGUCCUUCCGCAUUCGGGAGAACAGGCCUCCCGGCACCUUCCACCAAUUCCGCCUGCUGCCUGUGCAGUUCCUCUGCCCCAACGUCAGCGCAGCCUACAGGCUUCUGGGAGGUGAGAGUCUGCCCUUCCGCUGCACUGUGGACAGCCUGGAGGUGAGCACGCGCUGGGCCCUGGACCGCGAGAAGCGGGAGAAGUAUGAGCUGGUGGCUACGUGCACGGUGCGUGUCGGCACGCGUGAGGAGGAGGUGAUGGUGCCCUUCCCCGUGACCGUGUACGACGAAGAUGACUCUGCGCCCAGCUUCCUCGGGGGCGUCGACACCGCCAGCGCCGUGGUGGAGUUCAAGCGGAAGGAGGGCACUGUUGUGGCCACACUACGCGUCUUCGAUGCAGAUGUGGUACCAGCAUCCGGGGAGCUCCUGAGACGGUACACAAGCACGCUGCUCUCCGGGGACGCCUGGGCCCUCCAGACCUUCCGAGUAGAGCACUCGCCCAACGAGACCUUGGCCCAGGCCAACGGCAGCUUUGUGCGGGCAACCGUGCAUGACUACAGGCUGGUUCUCAACCGGAGCCUCCCCAUCUCAGAGAGCCGGGCCGUGCAGCUGGCCGUGCUGGUCAACGACUCGGACUUCCAGGGCCCGGGGGAGGGCGUCAUCCUCCUCCACUUCAACGUGUCUGUGCUACCCGUCAGCCUGCGCCUGCCCAGCACCUACUCCUUUGCCGCGAGCAGGCGGGCCCGCCGCUUCGCCCAGAUUGGGAAAGUCUGUGUGGAAAACUGCCAGGAGUUCAGUGGCAUCCACGUGCAGUACAAGCUGCAGCUCUCCAGCGCCAACUGCAGCGCCCUGGGGGUGGUCACCUCGGCCGAGGACACCACGGGGACCCUGUUCGUGAACGACACGGAGGCCCUGCAGCGGCCCGAGUGUGCCCAACUCCAGUACACGGUAGUGGCCGUCGAACGGCCAACCCGCCGGCAAGCCCAGGCCCCACUGCUCGUCACACUGGAGGGGACAUAUGUGGCAGAGGAGCCAGGCUGCCCCUUGUCCUGCGCGGUCAGCAAGAGGCGGCCCGAGUGUGAGGAAUGCGGCGGCCUGGGCUCUCUGACGGGCAGGUGCGAGUGGAGACAGGGAGACGGCAAAGGGAUCACCAGGAACUUCUCCACCUGCUCCCCCAGCAUCAAGACCUGCCCCGACGGCCACUGUGACGCCGUGGAAAGCAGAGACGCCAACAUCUGCCCCCAGGACUGCCUCCGGGGCGGCAGCAUCAUUGGUGGGCACGAGCCUGGGGAGCGCCGGGGGAUUAAAGCCGGCUUCGGUAUCUGCAACUGCUUCCCGGAGGAGAAGAAGUGUUUCUGCGAGCCGGAAGACAGCCAAGACCCUCUGUGUGACGAGCUUUGCCGCACAGUGAUCGCGGCAGCCGUGCUCUUCUCCUUCAUCGUGUCCGUGCUGCUGUCCACCUUCUGCAUCCACCGCUACCACAAGAACGCCCACAAGCCGCCCAUCGCCUCAGCUGAGAUGACCUUCCGCCGGCCUGCCCAGGCCUUUCCGGUCAGCUACUCCUCAUCCAGUGCCCGCCGGCCCUCGCUGGACUCCGUGGAGAACCAGGUCUCUGUGGACACCUUCAAGAUCCCGGAGGAUCCAAAGUGGGAAUUCCCUCGGAAGAACUUGGUUCUUGGAAAAACUCUGGGAGAAGGAGAAUUUGGAAAAGUGGUCAAGGCAACGGCCUUCCGGCUGAAAGGCAAAGCAGGGUACACGACUGUGGCUGUAAAGAUGCUGAAAGAGAACGCCUCGGCGAGCGAGCUGCGGGACCUGCUGUCAGAGUUCAACCUCCUGACGCAGGUCAGCCACCCGCAAGUCAUCAAGCUAUACGGGGCCUGCAGCCAGGACGGGCCGCUGCUCCUCAUUGUGGAGUAUGCCAAGUACGGCUCCCUGCGGGGCUUCCUCCGAGAGAGCCGCAAGGCGGGGCCCGGCUACGUGGGCAGCAGAGACAGCCGCAACUCCAGCUACCUGGACAACCCGGAGGAGCGGGCCCUGACCAUGGGCGACCUCAUCUCCUUCGCCUGGCAGAUCUCGCGGGGGAUGCAGUACCUGGCCGAGAUGAAGCUCGUCCAUCGGGACUUGGCAGCCAGAAAUGUCCUAGUAGCCGAGGGGCGCAGGAUGAAGAUCUCGGAUUUUGGUCUGUCCCGAGAUGUUUAUGAAGAGGAUUCCUACGUGAAGAGGAGCAAGGGUCGGAUCCCAGUCAAGUGGAUGGCCAUCGAGUCCCUCUUCGAUCACAUCUACACCACCCAGAGUGACGUGUGGUCCUUCGGUGUCCUGCUGUGGGAGAUUGUGACCCUGGGGGGCAACCCCUACCCUGGGAUUCCUCCAGAGCGGCUCUUCAACCUUCUGAAGACAGGCUACCGGAUGGAGAGGCCAGACAACUGCAGCGAGGAGAUGUACAGUCUGAUGCUGCAGUGCUGGAAGGAGGAGCCAGACAAGAGGCCAGUGUUCGCUGACAUCAGCAAAGACCUGGAUAAGAUGAUGGUUAAGAGCAGAGACUACUUGGACCUGGCCGCGUCCACCCCAUCUGAUUCCCUGCUGUACGACGACGGCCUGUCGGAGGAGGAGAUGCCCCUGGUGGACUGUAAUAACGCUCCCCUCCCUCGAACCCUCCCCUCCACGUGGAUUGAAAACAAACUCUAUGGCAUGUCAGACCCGAACUGGCCUGAAGAGAGUCCUGUACCACUCACGAGAGCCGAUGGCACCAACACUGGGUGUCCAAGAUAUGCAAAUGAUAGUGUAUAUGCUAACUGGAUGGUUUCACCCUCCGCGGCACAAUUAAUGGACACGUUUGAUAGUUAACAGUUCUUUGUGAAAGGUAAUGGACUCACAGGGGAAGAAACAUACCGAGAACAGAGAGUCUGCUGGCCCCUCCUUGCACAUUUCACACUGGCUGGUGAUUUUCCCUCCCAGCAGACUUAGCGCUCUGGACCAGUGUUCUGAGUCCAGCAUGUAGGUGUCCCUUCCUCUUCAGUCCACGGCAGCACCCAGCGCUGGUCUGGGUUCAGCAGUGAGCGCCACAUACUCCGUGCUCACACGUGUGGGUCCCUCACGCACUCUCCGAACUGUUUGAUUUUUCCGGUUGCCGUCAAACGAGGCCACACGAUUUAAACAUGAAGCACACACACCAAAAAGGCAGCAGGAAAAAAAAACUGGCCCAGACGACCUGUCCUUGUUCAGAAUGAGAGCCCGGCCAGGCCUCAUAGGGUUGUCAAAGCCCAGCCAGGGCUGGAGAGGGAGAGGGGACCUCGGGACAGGCCUCGGCUCAGCCUUCGAGAUCCUGAGAAUGUUUUUUUUUUUUUUAAAUCAUGGAACCUUUUCUUAGGGAGACAUUUGAUUUUUAUCAUGAUUAAAAUGAUUCUUAGAUUUAGCACAGUGGAGAGACAUGAUGCCGCAUUUGCUGUGUAGGUAGGUGGUGUGAGGGGAGAGGGCUCCCAGGACACAGUUGUUCCCAUCGCUGAGUAAUCACUAACCCCCUGACGAGAAGUGUGUGGAGGAGUGGGGCCGUUGAGUGGAGUGGCCUCAUGUCCAAGGACUGCUGACCGCAGAGACUUGUGGUGAAUCCCUGCACACCACAGCCUUCAGCGUCCCCCCGUCCAGUGCUGAAAAGUGGCAGAGGCUCAUCUCACACAUUAGUGGGGUGGAACUUGUGCCCAGUUUCAAAGGGACAGUUCAGCUAGUUAGGUUAGAAGUAGCAUCGACAGUGACACCUCUGAUUACGAUUCUGAUGGAAAAGACAGUGUUUUGGCUCUUAUAGAGCUUGUGUGAAAAGGUACAUGUGUCCACUCUUCCUGUGUUUGUAACAUAAUGCUGCUAUGGGAAGACCUUUUUGUUUUUUAGGUUCUGACCGUGACUCGUAAGCUUCUUGUCAUUCUUCACUGCUUGUUUGUGGUCACAGACACUCAGCACUCCUCCCAUCCUGCCGGGGUGGCUUUCAGGAAGUCCCGGCAGCUCUUCUUUCUGUCCCAGCGCUGUCACUUUGCAGGAGAGGGUCAGUUACCAAAACACUGCCUGGGCUUCAUACUUAAACCACUGUGAAAGGACUUAAUGUCGUCUCAUUAAAAUACUGGAUUUUAUAACCAUUUCACGAAAGCAGUAAAAUUAUGGCAUUUUUGUGGCCAGGAAGGCUUGGAUGAGUAUGUGGAGGAGCCGUGUGUGUGUGUGUGUGUGUGUGUGUGUGUGUGCGCGCAUGCCCAUGUGUGUGCACACACCCAGGAAGAGCGCUGGAGAAACACUUAACUGCAGAUGCAUUGCGGCUUUAGUUUGGGCCGUUGUUCAGACACGCUGUGUGAUACGUUCUUUUACAAAUAUCUAGUUGUGGUAAAUUUUGGGGUUUCAGCUGUGCUUAAUGAUAAUCUUGUUAAAUGCAGAAGUGGGGAUAAACUUUCUCAAGUUAUUAAGAAUGCCUACUCAGUGUGAGUGGGUGCAGCAGGUUGUCCUCGGCAGGGUGAGAACUCCAGGUCUAACUGGCUGACCCAGUGAUGGGGAAUUAACCCUUGAUUCAUAAUCUAAUUGUCUAUUCCUAAGUUAUAAAGGUACUCAUACUUAUUAGCCCUAUCAGACAGAGUUUUCAUAUGCAUAUACGCAGAGAUGACUAACUAUUAAGCAUUACUGAGUAUUAAGUAGCAAUCUGUCCGUUAUUAAAAUUUGUUAAAUCUAUUUAUGAAAGGUUAUUAAACCAUACCAUGUUAAUUUGCUUUUGUAAUCAAGGUGACUAAGAAAAUAAUCUCAGUUAUGUAAAUAAAAUC